AUGAGCUUCCUAGACGCUAUUUCGCCGGAGAAACGCGCACUCUUUGAGGAGCGUGCGCAUGACGACGAUGAUGUGCCCUCUUGCAGCCGCACUCAGUACAAGGCGUCUACUGUGGCUCUUGCAGGUUUUGUGAACCCCGCCACCACAACCCCCUCAAGCAGGAUCGAAUGCACCGAGGAAGUCGAUGGCAUGUGUUCGAAAGUAAACAACUACCUCUCCGACCUUUCCCGUUUCCUCACUGCACGAAAUCUCACACUUUCCUCCACCAAAUCCACAGCGACCAUAUUUACAAACUGGACGAAGGAGUAUAGACUUGAACUUAAUAUUGCAGUCGAUGGCGUCAAAAUCCCGACUGUUAAUAACCCUAAGAUUUUAGGUGUAACCUUCGAUAGUCUAUGCUCCUUCACCCCCCAUACCACCGCGAUUAUCGCCAAGGUACAGAGCCGCAACAAAAUCCUCAAGUCGCUAGCCGGCAGCACAUGGGGAAAAGACAAAGAAACGUUGUUGGCAAUUUACAAGGUAAUCGGCCGGUCGGUCCUCAACUACGCAGCACCAAUAUGGUCGCCUGGAUGCAGUGGUACGCAGAUAAGAAAACUUCAGACCUGCCAAAAUACAGCACUUCGGGCCACGACGGGAUGCCUCUUGAGUGAGACGCGCAAGCUACCUGUAAAGGAGCAUAAUGAACUCCUCUCCAGGCAGUUCCUGCUGGGAUGUUUCCGUAGGAAUCACCCUUGUAGCCACCUGCUUAGAGCGGAACCACCUCCUAGGAGCAUCAAGAGGUCAUUCCUCGACUACGUCGACGACAUCGAACAGUACGCCGACCGGACUUCGGCGCAACAGACUUUCGACAGGUACUGA